GGUGGAUGCGCAAUAAUUUUUCUACAACACAUGCAUUAAAAACUCGUGUUUUUUGCCCUCCUCGGCGGGAUGGAAGUCACAGUUUUCGGACGAGCGGGCAAAAAACUUGCCAGCGGGCAAAAAACUCUGGCAGCAGGGAAAUAAACUCGCCGCCGGGAAAAAAACUCUGUCCGCCGGGAAAAAAACUCUCGUAGCCGUGUAAUAAACCAAGAAAGUGCUGCCCCUAGCGUAGAACUAUAUUGAGUACGAUGUUUUCAUGACGAGUUGUAUACUAACCGAAGGACUAAGGCGCCGUUCGAACGGUUUUAAGUGUUCUAACCUCAAAAAUGGAGUCUACUACAGAAAAUGACCGUCCAACUACGCCUCCUGAUAUACGUGACGCAGCGGAUAAAGUUUCAUUUCACCUGUUGCCGGAUAAAUCGAAAGAAGUUUAUGAAUCCGCCUACAAGGCAUACACCGACUGGAGAACGUCCAAAGGCGCGAAUUCGUCUUCGGAAUCAGUUUUACUGGCAUAUUUCGAUCAGAUGUCGCAACAAUAUAAACCUACAACUAUCUGGUCGUUAUACUCGAAGCUCAAAAGCACCAUCAAUAUCAGAGAAAAAGUUGACAUAAGCAGCUACAAAACAUUAUCGGCUUUUUUAAAAAAACAGUCACGUGGAUUUCGCAGCAAAAAAUCCAGCGUAUUUACAUCCGAGGAAGUACAGUCUUUUUUGACAAGGGCCCCAGACGACAAAUAUCUUGCAACAAAGAUCGUUCUAAUUUUUGGGAUUUUCGGCGCAUUGAGGACCGAUGAAUUAACAAACAUUCAAGUACGCGAUAUGAAAAAGCAAGGGAAUCUACUGCAGGUCCAAGUUCCUAAAACUAAAACGAUGCUACCACGAUCUUUCAUAAUUCCUGAGGAUUGUGUGGAGUACGUUACACGAUAUCAGUCUCUCCGUCCUGAAAAUGUACCCUCCGGCCGCUUCUUCAUAAAUUACCAAAAUGGUAAAUGUACUGCGCAGGUGAUUGGAAAAAACAAGUUUGCCGGUAUGCCGAAAGAAAUCGCUGAGUUUCUUGAUUUACCUGAUGCUGCAUCAUACACCGGCCAUACUUUUCGCCGUACCUCCGCAACAAUGCUUGUUGACAAUGGAGCGAACAUGGAAACGCUGAAGAGGCAUGGUGGCUGGAAAUCAAGCACUGUUGCGGAGGGAUACAUAGCAGAAUCCUUAGGAAACAAAAAAAAUAUCGGGGAUAUGAUAAUGUCUUCUCUGAAUUUGCCUUCAACAGCAACCUCAGCCGACAACCGCAGUGUCAAAAUAUCAUCGCCAAAGCGUCCUAAAAUGGACGAUUCAAUAAACGCAGUACCUUCUACAGCGAAAGUGCAUUGUGGCCCGGAGCAAAAAGUAUUCACUUUCGAAAAUUGUACAAAUGUUACAAUUAAUUACACAGGGAAUCCGGGAAAUCCUCUGUAAUUUUCUAUUAGCUCAUUAGCUGUGA